AUGCCCGUCGUCAGCCCAGAGAAGCUGGCGAAACUCCAGCAACAACCCGAUGAUAUUCGCAACAUAUGUAUCCUCGCACACGUUGACCAUGGCAAGACAUCACUCACGGAUGCUUUGCUCGCCACAAAUGGCAUCAUCUCACCAAAGUUGGCCGGGAAGGUCCGCUAUCUGGAUUCAAGACCAGACGAGCAGGAACGAGGAAUCACCAUGGAGUCUUCGGCAAUAUCACUCUACUUCAGCAUGCUAAGGAGAUCAAAUCCGGAUGCCACCCCGGAGCCGAAAGAGUAUCUCGUCAAUCUGAUCGACUCCCCGGGUCACAUCGACUUCAGUAGUGAGGUCUCCACUGCGUCUCGUCUGUGUGAUGGAGCUGUUGUUCUGGUCGACGCUGUCGAGGGUGUAUGCAGUCAAACAGUAACAGUCUUGCGUCAGACUUGGGAGGAAAAGCUCAAGCCGCUGCUGGUGAUCAACAAGAUGGACCGGCUCAUCACUGAACUGAAAAUGACUCCCAAUGAAGCUUACGUGCACUUGAGCAAACUUCUGGAACAGGUCAACGCCGUCUUGGGGAGCUUCUUCCAAGGCGAGAGAAUGGAAGAGGAUCUCAACUGGCGAGAGAGGAUUGACGAGAGAGUCUUGGCGGCUGGUACCAAGGGUCCUCAGCUGGCAGAUCAGCAGACCGAAUCCGGUGACCUACAGUUCGAGGAAAGAGACGACGAGGAGCUCUACUUCGCACCUGAAAAGAACAAUGUCAUCUUCGGCAGUGCUGUUGAUGGUUGGGCCUUUACAGUGCGACAAUUUGCCGGGCUCUACGAAAAGAAGCUUGGGAUAAAACGCAGCGUGCUGGAGAAGGUCCUAUGGGGGGACUUCUACUUGGACCCCAAGACUAAGAAAGUUCUGGGGCGGAAGCACUUGAAAGGACGCAACAUGAAGCCUCUGUUUGUCCAACUUGUUCUUGAGCAAGUAUGGGCGGUGUACGCCGCCACCGUCGGUGGCGACAGUGGGAAAGGCGACCCAGUGCUGCUCGAAAAGAUCACCAAAUCACUCAACAUCACCAUUCCUCGGCAUAUCAUGAAUGCCAGAGAUCCUCGGACGCUACUUUCAGCCGUGGUCUCAGCAUGGCUUCCACUUUCAGUCGCACUGCUCGUCUCUGUGAUCGAGUCCUUACCAUCCCCUCGAAGCGCGCAAGCAGACAGACUACCGGAAUUGCUUGAUGACUCGCCUGGAGGAGAGCACGUUGCACCGGAAAUUCGUGACGCCAUGGUCAACUUCAAGCACUCGAAGUCUGACCCGGUAGUUGCGUAUGUGAGUAAGAUGGUUUCAAUACCCGAGAGUGAGCUUCCGCACAACAAGCGCCGCGGGCAGCUCAGCCCUGAAGAAGCGAGAGAACUUGCGCGGAAAAAGCGAGCAGAAGCCGCUCGAGCCCAGGCUGCUGUUGAAAACCGCGGUCCAGUCGACGCGCUUGCUGUGGCGCUGGACAGUGCAACUCUGGAAGAAGAAGUAGAACCGCAAACCGAGGAACAGGCUGUCGACCCUGAACAUCUCAUUGGCUUUGCACGGAUUUACUCUGGAACAUUAUCAGUAGGGGACGAGAUUUAUGUUAUACCGCCGAAGUUUUCGCCGGCAAACCCGCAACAUCCUCCUGUCCCGAAGAAGGUCACCGUGACCGCACUGUACAUGCUCAUGGGACGGAACCUCGAGAGCCUCGACAGUGUUCCAGCAGGUGUUGUCUUCGGUAUCGGUGGUCUUGACGGCUCGGGUAUUCUAAAGUCUGGGACCUUGUGCUCUCAGCUCGAAGGCGCUGUAAACCUGGCCGGUGUAGCGAACAUGGCCGGCAAGCCAAUCGUAAGAGUCGCAUUGGAGCCGGCAAACCCGUACGAUCUCGACAAAAUGAUCGAGGGGCUGAGACUUCUCGUUCAGGCCGACGCCUGUGCAGAGUAUGAGCAAUUUUCGAGCGGUGAGCACGUGCUAGUUACAGCAGGCGAGUUGCAUCUCGAACGUUGCCUGAGGGAUCUACAGGAGCGUUUUGCUCGUUGCGAAAUACAGGCCGGUGAGCCGAUUGUGCCGUACAAAGAGACGAUCGUUCGGGUCGAGGAAAUGAGGCCCCCAGCGAACAAGGAGCUUGGACGAGGCGCUGUCGUCGGGGUCACGAGCUCUAAGCAGGUCAGUCUCACGUUGAGAGUCCGACCACUGCCAUCUGAAGUCACAGACUUUCUGAAUAAGAACGCUGGUGCUAUCAAACACCUUCACUCUAAGAAAUGGGGUGCAAACGGGACGGACACAGAUGGAAAUGGGGCCUUAGAUGAGGUUGAAAGCGACCAGCAAAGCAUCGAUGACGAUGCAGACAUAUCAGCAACGAAAUGCCUCUCGCCAGAAGACCUCAAGACGCAGCUCAAAGCCCUUCUCGAGUCAGGCAAGGGACGAGAGCCAUUCAGGAACAUCGUUGAUUCCAUAGCAGCAUUCGGCCCCCGGCGCACAGGUCCCAAUUUGCUGAUCGACGCAACGAAGGAGGGAUGUUUACCAAAGGCAUUCGAGACUGACAAGAGCCAUGAAAGCCGCCCAGAAAUCAACGAAGAGCUAAGAGGACGCCAUCUCGCUGACAAGAUCACCUACGGGUUUCAACUGGCCACUGCCCAGGGCCCGCUCUGCAGGGAGCCAGUCCAGGGUAUCGCCGUAUUCAUCGAGGACGUGGCCAUCACCACCGAAGACGACACCUCCGCCCGGGAAAACCUCGGUCGCCUGACCGGUGAGGUACUCAAGACGGUACAGCAGUCAAUACACAAGGGCUUCCUGGACUGGUCACCACGGUUGAUGCUGGCAAUGUACUCCUGCGAGAUCCAAGCAAGCACCGAGGUCCUGGGCCGCGUCUACGAUGUCCUGACCCGCCGCCGGGGCCGCGUCCUCUCCGAGGCCAUGAACGAAGGCACGCCCUUCUUCACGAUCCAGUCGCUCCUCCCCGUCGCCGAGUCCUUCGGCUUCGCGGACGAUAUGCGGAAGCGCACGUCUGGCGCCGCGCAGCCGCAGCUCAUCUUCACGGGCUUCGAGGUGCUCGACGAGGACCCCUUCUGGGUGCCCUUCACGGAGGAACAGAUGGAGGACCUGGGCGAGUUUGGCGACAAGGAGAACGUCGCAAAGCGGUACAUGGACAAGGUGAGGCGGAAGAAGGGGAUGCUGGUCGAAGGGAGGACGGUUGCGUUGAGUGCGGAGAAGCAGAAGACACUGAAGAGGUAA